GCGCAGUUGCAGGUCGGCGGGCGCUGAGGUCAUUUACAGAAUCAAAAUGGUUGAAGCAGAUCGUCCUGGGAAGCUGUUCAUUGGAGGCCUGAACACAGAGACUAAUGAAAAAGCCCUUGAGGCUGUAUUCGGCAAAUAUGGACGCAUUGUGGAAGUCCUUUUGAUGAAAGACCGUGAAACCAACAAGUCCAGAGGAUUUGCGUUUGUCACAUUUGAGAGUCCAGCGGAUGCAAAAGAUGCUGCCAGAGAUAUGAAUGGAAAGUCAUUAGAUGGGAAAGCAAUUAAAGUGGAACAAGCAACCAAGCCAUCCUUUGAAAGUGGUGGUAGGCGUGGGCCGCCACCCCCUCCACGAAGCAGAGGUCCUCCCAGGGGCCUUAGAGGUGCAAGAGGCGGAAGUGGCGCGAGAGGACCACCUUCAAGAGGGAGUCACUUGGGGUCUUCUCGAGGGCCACUUCCCAUGAAGAGAGGUCCACCUCCACGAAGUGGAGGCCCUCCACCUAAAAGAUCUGCACCUUCAGGACCAGUGCGUAGCAGUAGUAUGGGAGGUAGAGCUCCUGUAUCACGUGGAAGGGACAGUUACGGUGGUCCUCCCCGGAGAGAACCAAUGCCCUCACGAAGAGAUGUCUACAUGUCUCCAAGAGAUGAUGGCUAUAGCACUAAAGACGGUUACUCAAGCAGAGAUUAUCCCAGUUCCAGGGAUACACGGGACUAUGCACCACCUCCACGAGACUACGCAUACCGUGACUAUGGUCAUUCCAGCUCACGUGACGAAUACCCCUCUAGAGGAUAUAGUCUUUCCUCCUAUAGUGAUCGUGAUGGAUAUGGUGGUGGACGUGACAGAGACUACUCGGAUCACCCAAGUGGAGGCUCCUACAGAGAUUCAUAUGACAGUUACGGUAACUCACGUAGUGCUCCACCUGCACGAGGGCCCCCGCCAUCUUAUGGUGGAAGCAGUCGGUAUGAUGAUUACGGCAGCACACGAGAUGGAUAUGGAAGCCGAGAAAGUUACUCAAGCAGCAGAAGUGAUGUCUACUCAAGUGGCCGUGAUCGUGUUGGAAGACAAGACAGGGGUCUUCCCCCAUCCAUGGAGAGGGGCUACCCACCUCCUCGUGAUUCUUACAGUAGUUCAAGCCGCGGAGCACCCAGAGGUGGUGGCCGUGGUGGAAGCAGAUCCGAUAGAGGUGGAGGCAGAAGCAGAUACUAAAAACACUCUCAAACUUUUGGACCAAGACAGAUUACUUCUCAAAACAAAUUGAAAAGUGGAAGUUAUUCUAUCUUUACUACCAGAGGACUACUAAAAAGAAAAGUUGUUUUUACCUUUUUUUAUUGUUGCCUGUUAAGUUUUCCCCUCCAUGACUUUUAUGCUUUUGUGAGGAAAAGUUAAACCAAUGUUUAAUUUCAUUUCAAAAUUGUUAACAUUUCUUUCAGAAAGCAGAUGUUAAAUGUAUAAAACUUGAGCUGUGUACUAGUGUUGUAAUUUCAAAGUAAAGUUUCCCUGAAAUGCCACA